AUGGCGUUGGCAUACUUGCUCAAUGAGAUGAACACAGUGUCUGGAAAGCACAAUGUUUCCGUCCAACCAUUCGCCUUCAUCGUCAACCACAAGGCUCGUAGAGAAAGCACCGAUGAAGCCAACUACGUUCAAUCUCAGCUACGCCGUCUUAGCAUUGAAAGCGAAAUCCUCGAAAUCCAAUGGCCCAACAACAUUGAUCCAGCGAAUACCGCCGAUUUUGAAUUGAGGGCUCGGCGAGCACGGUAUCGGCUGAUUGCAGAUGCAGCGAUUCGGAAGAAGAUCCCCCAUCUUUUUUUGGGACAUCACCAAGACGACCAAGUUGAAACAGUCCUGAUGCGUCUCGUGCGCAAUGCUGGGACAUCAUUUCUCGGGUUUCAGGGCAUGUCAGAGCAUAGCACAAUACCGUGCUGUGAGGACAUUAGGGGAGCAAACGAAAUUGAAAGCUACGAGAGAUUUGCGCGGUGGCUAAACCCACACGACCCGCGAGUAAAUCCAGAGACAAUGAACUCGAGGCUCAUCAACCAAGGGAAAACUGUGACGCCUUCUGUGCCGGGCGGGCUGCGGAUCCACCGACCACUUCUGUCGUUUGCAAAAUCUGUGAUCAUUGACUUCUGCAACACAAAUCACGUCCCACAUGUCCAGGAUAAGACAAAUUAUGAUCCUACACUGACACUCCGGAAUGCUGUGCGGUAUAUGAGGACCCAUUACACCUUACCCAAAGCCUUGCAAAGACCCUCCAUCCUCUCACUUCAACAGUCGUCCUGGCGCUUUGCUACUUCCCUUGCGGCACGAGGAGAAAAGAUCCUUGAAAAGCUCAGAGUGCUUACCUUCGACCUGCGGUCCGGUCGUAUGACUGUACGAGUAUCGCCUGCUUUUAUCUCUCUGUGCGAGUUGGAUUCUGAAGCUGGAGCAUAUGCUUUGGCGAGACUGACAAGUGUGGUGAGCUCGCAGUCGAGAGAUGAAGAGCCGACUCUUGUACCUCGGCAUAACCUGAGGCAGUUCCUGGACAAGAACCGAUCUCGAUUGCGAGAGUGGGUGACCGUGCAGCAGGUGUUACUCGAGAAGUCAAGCACUGGGCUGGAUGUGAGUGACCAUACGGCGACAUCCGGAUUCCGAAUGGAACGGCAGAGCGGGUUUAGCGAGAGCUUUUCCGAUUAUGAAGGGACGAGACAGUCUACCAGCACCACUAUCAGUCGGACAAGAUACCUGGCACUAUAUUGUUCGACGUCGCUAUCUCGGAAAUACCCCAAGAGACAACUACAGGAAUCGGUGGAUGAUGAGCCGGCGGAUGACCGUGAGACUGAUGCAAAGCACCCGGCUAGACGAAUGCUUUGGUAG